UUCAUUCCUCUCAAACUUCCCGUGGUCGAUUUCAACUUUCAGUCUAAAGGCCCAAAUGGCGGAUAUCGCGAACGUGGGAUUGACUGCGGGUCUCUCAUGCUGGGAUCGCACGGCCAAUUACCGGAAGUACAUCCAGAGUCUUGCAGACAAUUUGAAUGCCCUUGAGAGCAAGAUGGUAGAGCUGGGCCAUGUCUAUGAUGACGUAAACCGACUGGUCUCAGCUGCUGAAGGAGAACAAUGGAUCCGAAAGGGCGACCUAGCUGGCUGGUUGGAGAGGGUGGACACCCAUAGGAAGGAAGCCGAAAAGUUUCUGGCAGACGGGAAGCAGACGAUGGGGAAGACUUUCCUGUGCGGACUCUGUUUCUGCAACUGCCGCGCACGUUACAAGCAGUCAAAGCUUGCCGAGGCAAAGAGAGCCGGUUUAGAGACCGAGUUGGCCCUAGGCCGUACCUUCAGGGUCAAGGAUGAUGUUGCCUACGAGCCUGCAGACCUGAUCCUUAAGAGAAAUCUUGAGGCUCUUCACCCCAAGACGGACGACCUGCACAGUGUCUUUGAGACUGUGCUCCAAAAAGUUAAGGAGGAAGAAGAUAACUACAGGGUACGAACACAUGAAGUGGGUUGCUGGUUGGAGCGAGUGCAGCUUCUCGAGAAAGAAGCGCAAGAGAUUCUUGAGCAAGGGGCGAAGGAAAUGGAGAGCUGCCAGGGAAUUAGACAGGAAUCUCUUUCUCAAAGGAAUUGCACAUCAUACCACGAGCUAUCUAAGCAUGCUGAGGAGAAGCGAGCCACUUUGGAAGAAGAGCUUCGCAAGGGUAGCGGUUUCACAAUUUUCACCUACAAACGUGCUGAACCUCUUAUGGUUGAGAUACCACUCGAGCCGCCAACGGGAUUACAUUCCACGUUCCAGGAGGUGUGGGAGUGGGUUCAAGAUGCAAAGGUGAGGUGCAUUGGAUUAUAUGGCAUGGGCGGUGUCGGAAAGACCACCCUCCUAAAGAUGAUCCACAAUGAGUUCCUGAAAAUUAAGCAUGAUUAUAAUAUGGCUGCUUGGAUUGUGGCGUCCCAUCCACCGAAUCUUGAAGAAAUUCAGAAAGCCAUCUUCAGGAAACUGCAUCUCCCCAAAUCUGAAUGGGAUGACACCAGUGAAUCGGACCGGGCUGGCAAGAUAUUGAGCAUUAUGAAGGAAAAGAAAUUUCUUCUCUUUUUAGACGAUAUAUGGGAUCAAAUAGAUCUCUUGGAGCUUGGGAUUCCUUCCCACAAUUAUCAACACAAAUCGAAGAUCAUAUUCACAACCCGGUCACUGAAAAUUUGUGGCCUCAUGCAAGCUGACAGGACGAAGAAGGUCGAGUGUUUGCCCCCAGAUGAAGCCCUCCAACUAUUCCGAGGGAAGGUGGGCAAAGAAACUUGGUCUGCCCAUGCUGAAAUCCCAAAGCUUGCCGAAGAUCUUGUAAAGGAAUGCGAAUACCUGCCCCUUGCUCUUAUUACCAUUGGGGCAUCGAUGGCCAGUAGGAGGCAUCUUGAUGACUGGAAACGCGCUCUUGAAGAUUUGGAGAGUCGUCCAUCAGAAUUUGAAGGUAUUGAAAGGGUCUUUUCCAGGCUAGAAUUUAGCUAUAAAGCUUUGCCAAAUGAAGUCCACAAAAAGUGCUUCUUGUAUUGUUCAAUAUUCCCAGAGGACCAUAAAUUCCAAAUGGAAGAAUUGAUUGACCUAUGUAUUGGGGAGGGCUUUCUCAAUGAAUGUGACAGUAUACAUGACGCACGUCACCGUGGAAUCAACAUAAUCAGCAGCCUCAGACGUGCUUGUUUAUUGGAGGAAGAUUCUAGUGGUAGUACACGAAGGUUUAGAAUGCAUGAUGUCAUUCGAGAUAUGGCUUUAUGGUUAGCCUCUAACCGUGAGCGAAAGAAGAAAAAGAUCCUGGUUCAGAAAAAGCGUAGAUCGUUCGAGACAAAGGAAUUCAAAAUGUGGAAUUCAGCGGAAAGAAUAUCUCUGUGGGAUGUUGAUCAAAGUAUCGGAGACCUCCCUGCAAAAAUGUCUUGUUCCAAUCUAUCUACUCUGAUAUUACGGAACACCGAGGUAACGGUAUUUCCAAAUGGGUUCUUUCCAUCCAUGCCAUCCUUGAGAGUUUUGGAUUUGUUUGAAAGUAAAUUCUUGGUGGAAUUACCAGAAGAUAUUGGAGUACUAGUAAAUUUGCGAUAUCUUAAUCUGCGGUGGACGCGCAUAAAGAAACUGCCUCUGGAGCUAAAGAAUCUGAUAAAGUUGGUGUUUCUGCUUGUAGAUCGUACCUGUCGUAUUCCAAAAGGAAUGAUCCUAAGUCUGUCGUCCUUAAAAGUGUUUCAUUGGGGACCACCGAUUCUUAGUACUGGCCGCACAUAUGAAGAAAUGAUCCGACAUCUGUCGUCCUUAACAGCGCUUCUUUGGGGAUUACCGACUGUUAGUACUGGACGCACAGAUGAAGGAGAUGAGCGCAAUGUUAUAGGGGACCUGGACAGCACGAGUGAAAUAGAUGAGGCGCACCUGAGCCUAUACUAUGCUGGUACUGUUAAAAAGUUGCUCAUGGACUGUUCUCACUUGCAGAGGUGCUUAGGAGAACUUCGGCUUGUAGAGUGCAAGGAUUCGGCCUCACUUAUUAUCCCAAAGUCAUCACUUAGGAGAAUGGAGCAUCUCAAUCAUCUAUCGAUCUAUCGCUGUGAAUAUGCCGAGAUCAGCAUGUGCAGUAGAGAAUAUGGUUGCAGCGAGGCAGGGAGAAGUGAUGGAUCUCUUCUAGCUGAUGACUAUAUUCCUGGACCAACGUCAAGUGAAAAAAGUCAGGACUGCUUUCGUAACCUUAAAAAGAUUGACAUCAACGGUUGCCGUCAAUUACGAGACCUGAGUCUCUUGAUUUAUCAUUCUCCGAGCCUUGCCAACCUCACAAUUGAAGAUUGUCCCGCAAUGCAGGAACUGAUUGGUCGCAAUAUUGAUGAUUUCCAUGUCGACAGAAUAUUCUCAUGCCUCAUCGAACUUCACUUAACAGAUCUUCCAGAAUUCGAGAGCAUUUGCAGGAGAAAGCUGCCCUUUCCUUCGCUGGAACUGUUAGAGGUCAAGAGAUGCCCAAAACUGAAGAAACUCCCCCUCAAUACAAGUAGUGCAAGGGGGCGUUCACUGGCAAUUGUAGGAGAGCAGAAGUGGUGGAGCGGGCUGCAGUGGGAUGAUCCACAGACCCAGAAGUUCUUCAUUACCCACUUUAAUGUCCUGCAGGAUCCAAGUGAGAUUAUUGAGCAAAUGAUGAGACAGGUCAAACGGGAACUUUGUAAUUCGUUAAUUGAUCCUGGGGAAGCCCAAACCGAUUUUAAAAGAGGGAGAGAAAUAUGGAUUACCCAACAUUCUAAUCUCCGACGACGUUGACCGGAUAAAAGGUAGAGAGAAACAGGAGUAAUACCACGCAAUAAUGCGCUGACAGACGAAGACGAGAGCUUACUGGAGACUUCAUGAAACACCAUUAUAUAAUUUCAUCUUCCUCCUCUCGACGACUGCUGGAAGCUAGCGUUGCUAUAAUGGUAGGAUGCUGAUGCAGGUUGGAAGUCCCCUUGCGCCCGAUUUCAGCAUCAGACAGCGUUUAUGAGCUUUUUUUGUCUUCUGUUUUCUGUAAAUAUUGAAAUAAAUCACUCUGCUGCUUCAGUGUUCCAAACUCGGGAAACAAUUCCAUUUUCUUUUUCCAUGAAAGAGGCAAAUCGUUGCUCUUCCAUAA